CCCCGACGCAUGCAAUCACAGCCCCCCUCAAGGGUGCUAUUUUGCAGGCGAGGGCUCAUGCUAUUGGUCAGCGUCUGGUCAGAUGGUACGGUUUCCCUCUGUCCCACACUGGCACACAGCCACCCAGCACCCCCCCCUCAACUAAAACCCAAUCUCCGAUAAACUACUAAUAGCUAAACCACUUGGACUAUAAAACACAACAAAUCAUAAACCAAGGAAAAGAACCGUACCCUCCCAAUGAGUUCCUAUUUUGUAAACUCAACUUUCCCAGUGACUCUGGCUGGUGGACAGGAGUCGUUCUUGGGACAAAUACCGUUAUAUUCCUCCGGAUAUACAGAUCCUUUAAGACACUAUUCUGGUGCUGCUUAUGGAGCUACCAGCGUUCAAGAGAAGGCGUACUCAUCCUCUUUUUACCAGCAGACGAAUGGUGCCUACAGCCGGUCGUCAACAGCCGGUGCUUGCGAUUAUGCAGCAGCCAGCUUUUACAGGGAUAAGGACGCCGCUUGCGCACUCGCCAGUAUAGAAGAUCACUCUCUUGUCCUUAGUCAAGACCAUCGCAAGACGGACUGCACAGGGCCACAUAACAAGGGUUUAUUCGUCGAAAGCGAAGAGCAGAAGCCAAACGUACCGGUCUACCCAUGGAUGCAGAGAAUGAACUCUUGCAACGGAGCUUUUGGUAACCCUGGCCGAAGAGGUCGUCAAACGUACACUCGUUACCAGACGCUGGAGUUGGAGAAAGAGUUCCAUUUUAACAGGUACCUGACCCGGAGGCGCCGUAUAGAAAUCGCGCACGCUCUGUGCCUGACAGAACGCCAAAUAAAGAUUUGGUUCCAAAACCGGAGGAUGAAGUGGAAAAAAGAAAACAAACUCAUCAACUCCUCACAAACGAGUGGAGAAGAGGAGGAGGAGAAGAGGACAGAAUAAAAAGGACCGUAGAUAAAAAUAGCAUAGAGGGCACACCAAUUCUCCCUUUCAGAAAAGAAAUGAAGACUUUCCCCUUUCCCUCAAAGUUCGCACCAGUGAAAUUGUGUUGUUAAAUUCGUUGUAGCAUUCCAGAAUUCAUCUUAAUAUUGCAUUUUAAUUGUUGCUGUCAUUUUUUUAAUGUUUAUUCUUUUGUAUAAUUAAUGCCGAAUACCGAUUAAAUGUGUUUUUGUGCGCGCGUCUCGACUUAGAAGUUGGUCUUAUAAAGAAAAUGACCGUGUUUAACGAGCUAUUUGAAAUAUGUCAUAUUCGUGUUCAUAUUUAAGAUGUAUUACAAUAAAAAGAAAAUCUCAUUGUACAAAUGAAUGGCCUUGCUUUUCCUUCA